AUGGCCAGCCAGUCCAGACCCGGCUGUUGGACAUGCAAGAGAUAUGACAGAAAGCUUGUGUGGCCUAAUCAACCGGAUGGGCGUAGGAAGACACCCAACCUCCCCACCCACACCGCCCCGGAAUUGGACCACUCCUCGGGUUUUUAUUACGGCCAGCAGUUCCUGAACAUAUCAUUCGAUGAUUUCGAGCAGGGUCGCCGCGGACUCGGGCCUCUAUCCCUCUUAAGCAAGACCAACACGCGGCCGCAGCAGAGUCUUAACCUUGUCCCCGAGCUCCAGGGGCACGACGCCGACCUGCUCCUAUACUACAGAGAGAAAAUUGCUGGCCUGAUAUCUACCGUCGAUGCGAACAAUGGAUUCCGACAAGAACUGCUUCCCAUGGCGAUGGCUAGCGAUGACUUUGCUGCACAGGCUCUCCGCAGUGCCAUGAUCGCACUAUCUGCUUUUCACCUUCACGGUACUGGUGCCGCUCUGCCUUACAAGACAAAAGCCAUAACAUACUUAAACCGUGCACUGCAACCCGAGUCGAUUGUCGACGGUCAGCUGGAGCCACAAAUCGCUGCGUCCAUGAUGCUGUGCGUGUACAAUGUAUUCGACGAAUCCGAAGGCGACUGGCAUAUUUAUCUGGAUGGUUCCAGAAAGAUGCUGCAGAUAUAUGCUGACAAAAAAGGAGGCGCCCUGGGUUAUGAUUUCCUGAACACCUGGUUUUUAUAUCAUGAGAUCCUCGGCGCUUUCAGUCAGCCUCACAAGCAUCGUUACGAGGGCGCUGCGUCGCUCGAGCUAAUCAGAGGAAGUGAACUCGACAAGAGCGUCAUAAUUGGCUCUCUUGGAUGCUCCAUCGAGAUCAUGGAGAUCAUCCACAACAUCAACCAGCUGCGCUAUAUCGCAACUCGCAAAUCCUCCGAGGAAGACAUGCAGCCUGACUACCCGCCUGUGAUGUGGACGUACAAGGGCUUGCAUGACCGUCUCUCCCGGCAUAAACAGCAGCUCCCUCCCGACUACCAACAGCGCCCGGUUAGAGAGCAGACCAAGGUCCAGCUCACCGCCGAGCUAUAUCGCAUCGCCGCCUUGCUGUACCUGCGCGCCAUCUGCCCCAGCACCAACACCGUGAGCCGAGGGCCCGACUGGAUCGAUUCGGCGUUCGAGGUGCUCGGCGGGCUGGAGAUCUGCACAAGCCCCUGGCCACUGUUUGUGGUGGCGUGUGAGUCGCAGACGGACCAGCAGAGGAUCACAAUCCUGCGAACACUGGACAGGAUGGACGAGGAUCGGAAGAUCGGCAACGUACACGUAUUGCGGAGCCUUAUCGAGAAUUUCUGGAAGCAGCAGGACCUCCAAGCGGAUGAGGACAGGGUCGAGCCGCUGAGGUGGUGGGAAUUGAGGAACUCCAACAGUCCCGCUCCGUGGUUCAUCUAGUUGCUGGAGAGGUAUUAAGGGUACGAAGUAGACAUGUCCACUGUGAUAUUCUGACCGAGCAAGACCUCGGUUGUCAAAGGACACCGCAAAUGAUCUUGUAGCAUGGGUGACGCAACGAGCAGCCAUGACGGCAUGAUAAUAUCAGGUCCACUGGGAGAUCGGACGAACACGCUGUGGAGGGCGUCGGCUGUCUGGUGGGGUUCAUUUUUUACUUUAUCAUGAUUCUGAUCUGCUCGGUAGAUUUGCUGGCGAGUUGAGUUGACUUGGGGUAUUGAUUUGUCACGAGGGAAAAAAUUCCUGUGAAUUUGGUUUUUAAUAAAAUAAUGACGGUGUGCGC